AAUACCUCCCGCGGUACCCCAUCAAACCCUAACUGUUACUCAACUGUUUACAAACAGAAAUCCAAUACAAAACUCUAAAAAUGGCCGCCACUUCGAUCCCCAUCCGAGUCGCCGGAAUCCAAGCCUGCGCUACUUCCGGCCACCGCAGGAGCGAUGCAGAUCGCCGGAAAAACUCCUCCGCCAACUGGUGGAUCCCGCUCUUCGGCUGGUCCUCCGAACCGGACUACAUUGAGUCCAGCAGCAAAGCAUCGAGUACGCAGCCAGCCAAGCUAGAAGCUGUUGUGAAGGAUUCGAAACGGCCUAAACCGCGCUUCGCCGGUGGCUUCACGGAGGAGAAGGCGAAGCAGUUCCGGAUGAUGACCGCGGAGUCCUUUCACGAUACUAUGUAUCACUCCGCGAUCGCUUCUCGACUAGCCUCAGACUUCAAAGCCCGCACCGAUCUUUAGCAUUUCGCAUAGUCUUUUUUCAGGCGGAUUGUAUGUAGGCAAAUUAUAGGGUUUCAAUGUACGUAACCCUUGGUGCAAAGUGAUGAAAAAUGAUUAGACUACGAACUGCUACAGCUAUGGUGUAUAUGUAACAAGGAUGUAAUAUGAAUAUAAUUGACUAUUACUUGAUGAAGUAUGAUUCGAUUCAUUGCGGUGA